AUGGCUCUGUCUUCUAGCUUCUCGCUUUCCGUGUUUCUCUUGAUCGUUGUGUCGGUUCAAUGGGCUCUGGUUUUUAGUGAAUCCACAAUCUCAACUUCUCCUGCUGUCUUACCGUAUAUCAAUGCACCAGAUAUGUCUUCAUUUUUCCCUUCUCCGACCAAAAACCGGUCAUUUGAUACUGCUGCCUCUCCUGUUCCAGAAGCACCCGCGCCUGGUCCUAGCUCAGGCCAGUUUAAUGGGAAUGUUGUAGGCAUGUCGAUGCAGCUCCGUCCUGAUCUUUCUUUGGUUCUGGUCAUUGUUGGUAUCUGUGGGACUGUUACUUCAUUAAUGUUGUAA